UUAGUUGUCUAGGAAACCUUAACCUAACAUUGCAUCAUCUAUUUCAAAGUUGACUACACGUAAAUAUUUCUUAAAAACGGUAUAAAAAUGGUUUUCAAAUGCCAAGAGGAUAGUUUUUUGCAAGAAUUUUCAACAGAAGUUGUGUCUUGCACUCCAACAACCUUUGAAAUUACUGAAAAUGGUAAGAAAUCUGCAACAACAGGAUUUGAAGUCAUUUGCAAGGAUACUAUUCUAUUUCCUGAAGGUGGAGGACAGCCAUUUGAUGAAGGAUUUCUUAAUGAAAUCAAAGUUCAUCAAGUAAUACGUAAAGCUGAUCAAGCAUUACACUUUGUUACUGAUGAACUUAAACCUGGUGAAGUUGUUAAACAAAAAAUCAACUGGUUGAGAAGGUUUGACCAUAUGCAACAGCAUUCUGGCCAACAUUUACUCUCAGCUGUUAUUGAAAGAGAUUAUGGUGUAAAGACAGCUUCUUGGUGGCUGGGUGAUGAGAUUUGUCAUGUGGAAUUAGAAACACCUGAAUUGCAAGUUGAAAAGAUUAAAAGUAUUGAAGCAAUUGUUAAUGAGCACAUCAGAGAAGGAAGAAAUGUUUCUGUACAGGUUUACUGCGAAGAUACACCUGAGGAAUUAUUAGCAGAAACAAGAAGUGUGAAAGGUUUACCAGAUGAUCACAAGGGAGAUAUUCGUGUAAUUAACAUCGACGGAAUUGAUAGUAACAUGUGUUGCGGCACUCAUGUGAAUAAUCUAAGUCAACUGCAAGCAAUCAAGCUCUUUCACUCAGAGAAAUCUAAGAGGAAAGGUCAAUGCUUGCUGUAUUUUGUUGUUGGAGGAAGAGUUUUGAAGAAGUUGGAAGAAGCAACUCAAAGAGAACAAAAAAUUACGGCCUUAUUAAAUAAUGGACCGAUGGAACACGUCGAUUUAAUCGAUAAACAGAAAAACCUGAAAAUUACUAACAAAAACCUUCAGAAUGUACUUAAAGAAAUUGCAGUGGUGGAAGCAAAGAAAAUCAAAGAUUCCCAAGCAAAGUAUUAUUGUCUACACAAAAAGGAAGCUGAACCUGAUUUUAUCAAUAACGUUUUGCGUGAAGUUGGAAACAACGUUGAUAAAUUCUUAUUUUUAUCAACUGGUGAUGAAAAGGGAGCUGGAAAUAUUGUUUUGUGUGGAGAAGAAGCAACUAUUGCAGAACUGGGCAACAAGAUUUGUGAGUUGCUAGGAGGUAAAGGCGCUGGGAAAGGUAAACGUUUCCAAGCUAAAGUUGCUAAUCUUGGUAAUAGAAAGAAAGUUGAUGCUCUACUUCAAGAUUAUUUCAAGUAAUACCAUUCUACAUUGCACAGCUCAAAUUAAAAACCAAGAACUCCAGGGUCAUGCCUGCAGCUAUUGAAAUACUAUUUAAUUAUUACUGUGCAUAGUGUUUAAUAAAGCACCAGAUACAAAUAAUACAAACUUUCAUUAUGUUGCAAGAAAAUUUAUUUGCAAGCCAUUACUGCCAUAAAUACAAAAUUGUUAACUUCAUAACUUGAUGUCCACAUAAAGUCUCCAGCAACAACUUAUUUUAAGAACAUUUGGAACUCCUGCAAAUUAGAUAAUUAAUAUUGUUGUUUGCACUUGUUGCAGUCAUGUUUUAUACCUAAUUUAUCGUAGUCUUCUGGCUUCACGUUCAGACUCCAGCAAGGUUAGGAUAUCUCCCUCGCGAACGGGUCCCUUGACGUUGCGGAUGAUUUGUCGGUUCUGCUCUCCGAUGAACUCCACUUUUACUUGCGUACAUUGUCCCUGGGAUCCAGUACGGCCCAAAACGCGGAUAACGCGAGCCAAAACGACUGGUUUCUCCAUGUUUUCUAAUGAAAAUUUACACGUGCUUAGACAACACGACUCUCGUGCAAGAUGUCGGAGAGAAAA